GUGAGUUCUUUCUCAGUGAGAAAGAGAGAGACAGUAUAUUAGUAUAAGAGAAAGAGAUUCAUUCUUAUGCUACGAAGCAAAACUCGUUGUUCAGUUCGUCCUUCGGCAGCGCACGAAACGAACGUUCUCGUACCACGCCGCCGCGAGAUUAUACUAUUCCAAACUUCUCACUUUAUAUAUGGGAUAUAGAUAAUUAUAAAUAGAUAAAUAACUAGAUAUAAGUAUCGACAUUUAAUUCUCGAUCGAUAUCAACGUUUUCUGACGUUGUCGACGACGCAACACAUCUCUUCUACUCACGUGUAUAUACAAAUUUAUGUAUAUGUAUAUUUAAAGGAAAAAAAAAAACCUAAACGCAUUUUUAUUAACGGUUAAUUGAGAAAAUUGACACAAAGGGAUUUCACAUUCCCUUUUAUUUUGGGUCUUUUUCUGUACUGUUAAUACUUACUUGUUCUUUGUAUUUACUUGCAUCUUCUUUCUCGUUACUGUAUACACGAGUACGUAAAGACAAACUUCUUGAAGAUCGUUAAAAGUGGUGAAGGAAAAAAGUCUUAUAUAGAAUCAUAGUUUUUUUUUUCUUAUACGGUCACGUUGAUUUAUAUCGUGAUGUACUGAGAAUGUUUCUCGUCGCACCUGUGAACGACAAUCGUUGGAUCUACGCCAUGCACGGACUAGAGAAACCUAUGGAAUACGUGCCUGCCGGCGGUGUCAUGGCAGGAUCGGUGGCAACUUUGGCAAUAUUAUGGAUAUCCCUUCAAUCUAUGGGACUACUUAGUUAUUCCAAUUCUAUGGAAACCUAUAAACUACCUGUUUCACUACAAAACUAUCUUACCAGCUAUACCGAUUUCUUUACAGGCUUGCCAUCUACAGAUACUACUCCGGGUAUCAUAGACACAGGUCUCUUUCACAACCGACGAUAUCCCAGGAUCACUGAGUCUAUGUUAAAUGAAUCGGUGAAUUUUGCAACGACGCUCGUCGAUCGAUUGAGCACACUAGAAAGAAACAUUGUCAAUGCUGGUGUUCAAUUUGAAGCUAAUAGCAUUGCUGGUAAACAAUAUAUCAAUUCGUAUCCUUCGGAAGAUGCCUUUGAGAAAGGAAUCGAUGCAAUUUUGGCUACGAAAGCUUCCUUGUAUCUAAUUCAUGAAAGUUGUCGACGAUUUGGUCUAUCUAAGGAAGAAUGUGCCCACUUUAUAUCAACCUUGAAAUUAGAUGGCACGCCAUUGGGUGACAGGUGCAUGGCUUCCCAAAUAACAAGUUGUGAUACGAAAAUGAAGUACCGAACUAUUGAUGGACGUUGCAAUAACAUCAAAAAUCCUAGCUGGGGCAGUGCCAUGACUGCAUAUACAAGAAUCCUCUUCCCUCAGUAUUUCGAUGGCAUUCAAGAACCAAGGAACGUAGGACAGACGAAGAAACCAUUGCCAAGUGCGAGAACAAUAAGCGCAUCAGUGGUUGGUUAUAAUGGGCAAUCCGAUAUCACCAAAACUCUUGCCGUCAUGCAAUGGAGCCAAUUCAUUUCCCACGAUAUGAUACACACUCCUGUCCGCAGAAUGAUUUCAUCAGGAAAACCAAUUUCUUGUUGCCAAACGGAUGGGAGUGCUUUAUCUCCUCGUCAUGUACAUCCAGAUUGUGCAGCUAUCACUGUACCGGAUAGAGAUCCUGUAUAUGGCACCCAAUACGUUAGAUGUAUGAACUAUGUACGUUCCUUACCAGUUUUGAGAUCGGAAUGCACUUUUGGACCCUUGGAACAAAUGAAUCAAGUGACUCACUUUUUGGAUGGGUCCACGAUUUAUGGAUCCGUUCUAACGAAGUCUCGUGAGUUACGAGAAUUCCAAGGUGGUAGAUUACGCGUAGAUGUUCGUAAUGGUCAUGAAUUUUUACCAUCUGAAAGCGAUGCUGAAGUUACUUCCCAGUGUAAAGGAAGCUGUUAUGAUUCUGGUGAUGAUCGUGUCAACAUUUACCCACAGCUAGCUGUAAUACAUACAAUUUGGCAUCGUGAACAUAAUCGCAUUGCUAGGAAACUUGCUGAAUUGAAUCCUAGCUGGACGGAUGAAAUCCUAUAUCAGGAGGCUAGACGUAUUGUCAUUGCUGAAAUUCAGCAUAUCACUUAUAAAGAGUGGUUGCCCAUUUUAUUGGGCAAGAUGAGUGUUCGAGCCUUAGGACUAACUGUUGGUACUGGUUACAACAGAAAAUAUAAUUCUGAGGACGAUCCUGCAGUUACUAAUGAAGCAGCUACAGCAGCCCUACGAUUCUUGAAUUCACUUAUGCAAGGAAGACUGAUUUUGCCAGAUAAUUCUCGUCUAAGUGCUAAGUCUCUAGAAUUGUCAGAAUAUUUCUUUAAUCCGCGAGUGAUCGAAUCCGACGAAGUAUUUAACGGUUUACUUCGUGGUCUUUCAACUCAGACCAGUCAGAAGAUGGACAUAAGUUUCAUUCCUGAGAUUACAAGCAAAUUAUAUACGAAGGAUAAGAAUGAUCUCGGUUUAGAUGUCAUUAGCUUAGACAUACAACGUGGUCGUGAUCACGGUUUGCCUGGAUAUAAUUACUAUAGAAAACAUUGUGGAUUACCUGCUGCCAAGAAUUUCCAUGAUUUCCUCGAUUACAUUCCUACCGAGCUCGUAAACAAAUUACGCUCCGUUUAUACUCAUCCCAAUGAUGUGGAUCUUGUAAUCGGUGGUAUGGCAGAAAGACCAGCCAAUGACGGACUCCUUGGUCCCACUUUCAGAUGUUUGAUUAUGGAACAAUUUGCAAGGACACUUAGAACAGAUAGAUUUUUCUACGAUUCAGCUAUGCAACCAUAUCCUUUCACGCUAGAUCAAUUGGCAGAAAUACGUAACGUUACUUUAGCGAGAAUAUUCUGCGAUAACGGGGAUAAUAUUCAAAACAUGCAACCAAAUGUUUUCCUUAAACCGCAAGAAGGAAAUGAAAUCCGUUCUUGUAACGAUUUCGAAGCAAUACCAAGCAUGGAUCUAUUUGCAUGGGCCGAGAAGGCCAAAGCGUAUCGUUGAACAAAUUCAUUAAUUGGCUGGUCACAUUACCGCGUAGCGCCGGCUCAUCCAUGAACAAGGUUGGGCUUGGCGAAAAGAAAUAAAAAGUAGAGGCGUGAUUGAUGUCUUGAGAUCUUCGUGAUGUCAUUGUGACGUGUGUCUUACGUUUCCAAUGUUCUGGAGUGUUGUUUCCUCAGAUUUAAAUGGGGAUGUAUAAUAAAAAUAAUUAUAUGGUGGUCGCGCUAACUUGGUUCAGGAUGAAGCGGCUGCUAAUGUUAGUGCGAUAAUAAUAAAAAAAAAAGGAAAACCGUACACGAGUAUACGGUGAAAAAGCACGUGACUAGUCGAUUAAAAAAGGAGGAAUUAUCAGCAAAGAAUAAGCUGAAUAAGAAGAAAAAAUAAGUUCACAAGUUAUCGAGAAAGUGGACUCUAUAUAACUAUCGUAGAAAGAAACAAUUUUCAUAACAUUUCCUCGCGCAAAUAAUUAUAUAUUCAAAGUGAGCUGUUUGCUCGAUCAGAACAUUAUUUACGCGUGUUAACCAUGUAAUAAUAAUAUAAGAAUAGCAAUACGAAGGAGCGCGUACAUCUAAUUAAUUAACUAAAUAGAGGAUAAUUUAAAGGAAAUAAUUAAAUAUACUCGUUGAUUUUAUUACGUUAAUAUAAGUUAAUUCUCGAGUAUAAAUUACUUAUUACAUUCAUUGCUAUAUAAAUGCUUGAAUAUUUCAUUUCUUUAUAGAUUAUUCAGUUUUUAUUGAUAAUGUCAACACGUAAAAUUUAACAACGAGAAUGUAAAAUUCCAAAAAUUUUUAUAAGAUGGACGCGCAUCUGUGUACAUAUAGUGUAUAUGAUAGGCAUGUGAUAUAAAUGUCAACGAGUGGACAUUGAGUGCAUGGCUAAAUUUCAUCAUUUCAUUUAGUAAUAUCUGUUUGGAAAAAUCCUCUACGGCAUGACAAUAAUUUAGGUAGGAACAUUAAUCGAUUUGUUGAAUCAUUGUCAUAUGUUUAAAAUUCAAAGUAUUUCAUUUAUAAAUUAUUUCACAAUCUCUUUAAAUAUUUAUUUUCAAGAUUAAGAACAUUCAAGAACUAAUUGUUUUCAUUAUAGAUAUAUAUGUUAUAUUAAUUCUCUGGAUAAUUUAAAUUUAAAAAAAAAUAUUGUAACUGUUACUUCUUUUCGGAAUUUUAAAAAAUUAUUAUCAUAAAAAGCAAAAAAAAAAAUAAAGUAAUUUUUCUUUUCAACAAGUUAGUAUACCUCAGGGAAGCAAAGCGUCAAUGCCGAAAUGAUAAAACCAAACUAUGGCAAUUUUUUGCAAUAAGAUAUUAAUCUUUCUUUGUUUUCUUAAGUUGAACCGAUUGAAGUUAUCAGUAAAUACAAUGAAAUGCAUUUUUAUUAUAUUUAGAUGACGUAUUUUCGCAAACUCGUACGAAAUUUCGAUAAGCUGACAUUUUAUGGGAGUUUAAUGUGAAAAUGAUUGAGUUUAUGUGAAACCAUGGGAUAUGACUGAUUAAUUUUAAGGAAAAUAAUUAAGUAUCGUUGAAUGAUUUGUACGAUCGAGUUCUUAUGGUUAAACAUUACUUCGUAAUAUGCGAAAAUUAAUAAAGGAUUAAAUAUAU